CAUACGUAUUCUGUUCGGACGUAUCACAUUUUACUCCAGAGUUUGAGCGAGUUUGUUUCCCGACUGCUUCACGCUACUGCGCUUACCCAGCAGAACAAUGUCGGACCAUGAAGACCUCGAGUGGGAACAGACUGGGGACACCCGCGGCACCUUCCAAAUGCAGUGCUCCGAUCUAAAAAAGGACGGCUACGUGAUGCUGGAGGGGCGCCCCUGCAAGAUCGUGGAAAUGACCACUUCCAAAGCUGGAAAGCACGGCAGCGCCAAGGUUGACUUGGUAGGAACCGACAUCUUUACUGGUAAGACGUACAAAGGUGUCUUCGGUUCUAAUGACGACAUGGAUGUCCCAAACGUGAACCGUACGGAGUACACGCUGAUCAACAUUGAGAAAGGCUUCUUGAGUCUAAUGGACGACAAUGGAGAUAUGCACGAUGAUGUCAAACUGCCCGACGGUGAUUUGGGCAAGGAGAUCUCAACCCUCGUUGAAGAUGGGGAAAACCUUUUGGUACCGGUUACUACAACGCAACGGCACAGAGCUACAUCGGUGACCAUGGAGCUGAUCGCAACAUUCGCACAAUCAGAACAUCUCAUGAGAAAUUAAAACGUGCUGCAGCUCA